AUAUCAGCUCACCUGUCUGCUAGGCUCUAUUAGAGGUAACCCUUUAACUGACGACUGGAACUUCCUAAACGGAUUAACCUGGAUUGCAUUUUUUUGUGGAGAAAUAAUCAAAAGGAAUAUUACUAAAAGAACAAUGGAGUGGAGGAUUAUAGUACCUGUUCUGUGUCUAAUUGGAUUCCUGUCUGUGCCAGGAUAUGCUGCUGAAACUAACAUCACUGUCACCCCCAACAACGGCACCACCAACAGCACCAUCAACGGCACCAUCAACGGCACCACCAACACCACCACCAACAGCUCCACCAACACCACCACCAACAGCUCCACCAACACCACCACCAACAGCUCCACCAACACCACCACCAACAGCCCCACCAACAACAGCCCCACGACUUUUGAAUUUAAUAUAACGUUCCACAUUGAUGACACUUUCAAUGCAAACUACGCAGACAUGACCAAUAAUGACACAAUAGCCCUUAAAAACAAAAUCAUCUCUCAGGUUACACCAGCUUACACUCAAUUUAAAAACUUCCAACGCUUUGAUAUUCUGCAAUUCAGGAAUGGCUCCAUUGUGGUCGAUGGAAAACUUAUCUUUAACAACAGUGACUCCAAGCCUUCUGUGGCAAACCUGACACAAAUCUUGAAUAAUGGAAAUUUUACCUUCAAAGUCCUUUCCAAUCUCACCAAUAUUGCUGAGGUCACAACAACUGCUGGUCAGUUUGUGUUUACAGAUUUAUCUUUCAAUCGUUAAGUUUGCA